AUGAGGAUUCUUGAUCCCCAAUCUGCCGUUCUUACCAAUAUCGAGGUGUUGGCAUACCUGAAUGCCAACCCACCCCACCGGGUUCCCCCUCGGCCACCACAUUUCCGAGGACAAUGGGUCCCAAGCCCAGAUCUGAGAGACCAUAAUACAGUAGUCAAAGAGAUUCACAACUACAUCAGCCGCAUCUCCCCACACCUGCUCAAAUACCCACGCCAUGCACCUCGCCCGUCCUCCUCCCAAUCCCAGUCGCAAGCCGCUAUGACCAGUACCAUGAGACCAAGCGCCACAGAGCCAGAUCCCUCUAUCACCCCUCCAAUCCCGUCCAAUGAGCUCACUCCCAUGGACCAUGCUCUCCGUGAUAUCAUCGCGAAACUACAGCCCUACGGACUCACGAAAGCCGAAGUGGUGAUGAUCCUGAACCUAGGCUUAGGUCUCACCAGUGCUGCGGAUCCUCAGGACCGCAACGCAGAAGGCUACGUGAAUGGUGAUGGGGAGAUGGAAGUUGAUGAGGGGCAUAUGAACGGUGUGGAUGCUGAAGGGGUGAAUGGGGAGGAGAGUGAAGAGGAUUAUAGUGCGAUGGCGUUGUUUGAUACCGUGGUGGAGGAGCGUGAGGACCGUAUUGCUGAUGAGGAUGUGCCAGUGAUUCUGUCAAUUAUCAAGGAGACGCUGGCGGAGAAUUAUGGAGAGGGUCUGUGA